AUGCCAGAGGGCAAGAUCGUUGUGGAGAACAAACACCUGCGAGUCGAGAUGUCUCCCCCGCGUCAGGGUUCGGCCUCCGCUGCUUGGAGGCGGACACUGCCUUCCUCGAAGCGCGCGCUGGCGGUUGCCGUCACUGCGGCUUCCUCGUUGGUUCCUUCCUCGUCACCUGCGCCUUCACGAGCGCCUCACUUCGCUGCUUCGCCUGCCGCCAGCUCGCCUGCCGCGCCUCCACUCCACGUUGCCGCCUCGCGUCGCGGCUUGCCCUUCUUGUUGUCUGCCUGUUUCGGCUCUUCGCGCGCUUAUGCGGGUCCUGCGGCCCCCGCUGUGUCCAGCGAGCGGGCAGCGGAAUCACGCGAGGGCGCCUGUCCGCAGCGCGAUGGGGAGGGACGCGAGACGACGGCGUCUCCCGGUCUGAGACGGUACCCGGGGAGCGCCUCUUCUCUCUCCUCCUCUUCACCCUUGCUCGGCAUGCCUCGCUCGCCCAGCAGACUGCCGUCUGCGAAGGCUGAGCAAAGCUUGGGUCCUUUCCAAUCCGGCGCGGUGCCUGCCCCCAAGGGCAGCUCUGCGGAGAUCUUCACACGCGCACCCUGCGUAGGGAACUUUCUUCGUCCGUCGUUCUUCGUUUCCUCGCAGAUCUUCGGCGCAGCGAGCCUCUGGAGGGACGCGGCGCCGCUCCGGGGAGUGGACUCGCGGGCCGAGAAAGAGCGACUCGAUGUGGCUGCUUCUGCGUCGAACUAUCCGCGGUCUGCGUUUCCUCUUCACACCGCGUUGGCGUUCCUCGGCGUUGCGUGGCCUCGCCGCCCUUUCGCUUCUUUCCUCUCAGCAGACCGGACGAGUGCGGCGUCGGUCAAGGGUGCUGGAUUGAGCCUCGCGGCCGUCUCCUCUCGAGCCGUGCUGUCCCCGUCCUUCGCGGCGCCGCUCUUUUCGUCGCUCGCGCGUGACGGUUCGCUCCUGUCGCCGACCCUGGCCUCUUCAGACGCCUCUUCUUCGUCGUUUUCUCCCUUUCUGCGGUCGUUCCUUCUCCUCGCAGCCGUGCCGCUGCUGGCGUCCUCUCUGUCUCCUCCUUCGUCCGCGGCGCCUCGCCAGCUUCCGGGCCUUGGGGUCGCCCGCUGCGACGAAAAGCCUGCAGCGCCCCCUGCCAGCUCGUUUUUCCGGGGCUGGUUCAGCAAGUCCGCGCCGCCGAUGCCGAGUCCUGCUGUGCCGGCCGCACCCAGCGACGCCGCGCCCCUCGCCCGCGCGAUCUCUUCCGCGCCGGCUGCUGCGGGCGCCACCACCGCGCAGCCGUCUGCCUGGGGGACGGCGGAGGGCGGCGGGUUGCUGCGGUGGCGCGGCGGCGGCGUCGGGCGCUGGUCGGAGCCCGCCAACGCGCCGAUCGAGGACCGCAGCUUCGCGGUGCUGCUCGCGAUCGAUGGCCAAGAGGACGCGGCGGAGAGCGGUGAGGCGGGUGAAGGCGACUUUAGAGAAGCGGCCGAGCCCUCAGACGAAGAGACUGUGCGCCUCGCCGCCCUCGUCUUCCCCGGCGACGUCGCCGCGCUUGUCGGGAGAGAGGUGGAGCCGGUGGAGUGGAUGCGCGAGAGAAAAAGGAAGAUGAAGGAGAAACACCAGGCCCGGCAGGCCGGACACCCCCCUGAAGGCAAGAAAAAGUUCCACAGACAGAAAGUCCUCCUCACCGCGGUCAUCGACGGACAUGGCGGCCCGCAAGUCGCGGAAUACGUUAUGCAGAACUUGCCGUGGCACGUCGAGCGGGAGCUAACGGCGUUGCGGCGAGCCUUUUUGAAGAAAGGCGCAAACAGCUCGAACGGAGAAGCCUCCUCCAUGGACACGUCAUGGUUGACGAACGACGUGCUCACAAAGGCAGUCUCUCAAGCCUUUCGCACGCUGGACGACGAGAUCUACCAGUCUGCCAGGAGUGCGUACCGCCUCGGACUUCAAAGAAGCAUCAGGGUCGGGGCGUGUUGCACCGCGGUGCUUGUGACUGACCGAAGCCUCGUGGUCGCCAACAGCGGAGAUUGCAAAGCGAUUCUCUCGCGGCGACACGGGGCAGAAGUCCAGGCGCUCAACGAGCAACUGAAUGCGAACUCCCCUACGGAGCGCCAGCGACUCAGAGAGGAGCACCCGAACGAAGACAACGUGGUUGUGUGCAAACACAGCUGGCAAGAACAAAGGAAACCUUCGUCUGCUGUCGAUAUCCCCCUGUACUACGCUGGCCUCCUGGGCUCGACGACGUUUUACUCGGGUUGCUACGUGAAGGGGCGUCUGCAGCCCACGCGCGCGUUCGGGGAUUUCCUGCUAAAGAAAUCCGAGUUCGCGCACGAGCUGCAGCGGCCGCGACGCGCGAAUGGCCAGAACAAGAACGGGCAGCAGUCGCUCUCCUAUCCGUACUUGACAGUCGACCCCGUGGUGGCGCACUUUGACUUGCGAGGCGACGAGGACUUUGUGGCUCUCGGCAGCGACGGCGUCUGGGACUUCCUCGACGACGCCGAAAGCGCCCACGCCAUCCACGCCAGCCUCCAGAGAACCAAACAGCGAGCCGCCAACACGCUGCAGAAGCAGCCGGCGACCGGCGCGGCUGCUGCGGGCGACGUGUCAGACCCGAGUGUCUCCUUAGAUUCCGCGCCCUCCGCGCGGGGCGGCGUGGCGCCGCACGUAACCUCUCAGUUCUCCGCCGCAGCUGCGCGCCUAGCUGCUACAGACCUAGUGAAGGCGGUGCUCCAAAAGGCUGCAGACGAACGCGCCAUAUCCGUAGAUGAGAUGAAGAGCCAGGAUCCCAAACUGAGGAGAAGGAUGUACGACGACACCACUGCCAUCGUCGUGCUUCUGGGUCAGGACUGGCGACCGCGGCCUGCACCCACAAAGGAGCGGCGCUAG